AUGGUUUCAGAUCCUUACAAUAUCCAACCCAAUGUUGAAAUGUACAAUUUGGCUGUGAGAACCGCCUUGUUCAAUCGAAAACUUCGGGAUGCAGAGGUCCUGAUGGAAGAUGGGAGAAUACAGCACAAAAAAGAAGUGCACAACCUCGGGCUGCUAAUGGACAAAAUGACUAUGUUGAGGGAAUGCGGACAGCAAGAUGAUCGUCAAUAUGACAAGCUGUCCCGUCUACUACAUCUCCAGCAGCUGACACUUCGCAAGAACCGAUUGACCAUACGGAAAUGGGUGGAAAAGCUCAGCACGACAAACCACAGCAGCUCUCUUAGGAGGAAACUCACGUGGUAUGAUUCAGAACCAUGGUUUCAGAUCCUUACAAUAUCCAACCCAAUGUUGAAAUGUACAAUUUGGCUGUGAGAACCGCCUUGUUCAAUCGAAAACUUCGGGAUGCAGAGGUCCUGAUGGAAGAUGGGAGAAUACAGCACAAAAAAGAAGUGCACAACCUCGGGCUGCUAAUGGACAAAAUGACUAUGUUGAGGGAAUGCGGACAGCAAGAUGAUCGUCAAUAUGACAAGCUGUCCCGUCUACUACAUCUCCAGCAGCUGACACUUCGCAAGAACCGAUUGACCAUACGGAAAUGGGUGGAAAAGCUCAGCACGACAAACCACAGCAGCUCUCUUAGGAGGAAACUCACGUGGUAUGGAAAAACAGCAAAACAUCUAACUCCCACCCAUCGAGGGAAGGAGCACCAGGUAAACCAGGCGACCUGA